AUGGUUCCCUUUCGGAACAACCCGGGAUUUGUUGGCCGGGAAGAGAAGAUUGCCAAAAUUGAAAAAUUAAUUACGCAACAAGAUGGGCCGGGCAAAAUUGCAACCUGUGGACUAGGCGGGGUUGGGAAGACUCAAAUUGAGCUCAAGUUAGCAUACUACAUAAGGGUCCAAUACAGCAGUGAUGCGCAGCUACUGACAGACUUUUUGCCUCAAAGCGAGCAAGGCCGUAUCCUUUUCACCACUCGUAAUCGAAAGCUGGCUGUAAAGCUAGUGUCUCAGUUUGUGAUUCAUGUCUCCGAACCAGAUCCAGAGACCAGCGUGAAGAUUCUGGAAAAGGCACUGGUUAAAAAAGAUCUGCUUAACGAUAGUGACGCAACCAUUACUCUUCUCAACCAGCUGGCUUUUCUCCCACUGGCAAUUUACCAAGCGGCCGCGUAUAUCAAUGAAAACAAUAUUGAGCCUUCUGAAUACAUCACACUCCUCAGGAACAGGAGUGUGAUGUGA